AAGGUAGUAUGACAUAUAGAAACACAGAUUCAAGAGGGCAAAAGACAUUUCUCUUGCGCUCUUAAAGUUCUAGAACUCGUAUUUCACAUACAACGGUAGAUAAGGGAAGAUGCCGAUUGCAAGAAUAGCUGUGGGAUCACCGGCCGAGGCCAGCCAGCCGGAGGCGGUCAAAGCCGCCUUGGCUGAGUUCAUUUCAAUGCUCAUUUUCGUUUUCGCGGGUGAAGGCUCCGGCAUGGCUUUUGCUAAGCUAACAAACGGUGGAGCAAGCACACCUGCUGGCCUUAUUGCGGCAUCAAUAGCCCAUGCUUUCGCCCUCUUUGUGGCCGUCUCGGUUGGCGCCAACAUCUCCGGUGGGCACGUAAACCCGGCUGUCACAUUCGGUGCCUUUGUGGGUGGUCACAUCACACUGUUCAGGAGCAUUCUCUAUUGGAUUGCUCAGUUGCUUGGAUCUGUGGUUGCAUGUUUGCUUCUCAAGUUUGCCACUGGUGGAUUGGAAACAUCAGCAUUCGCACUUUCAUCAGGAGUUACAGUUACAAACGCCCUCGUCUUUGAAAUAGUGAUGACCUUUGGCCUAGUCUACACAGUGUACGCCACAGCAGUUGACCCCAAGAAAGGCGACAUAGGGAUCAUUGCCCCCAUUGCCAUCGGCUUCAUAGUGGGCGCCAACAUCUUGGCCGGUGGAGCCUUCGACGGUGCAUCCAUGAACCCGGCCGUCUCUUUUGGCCCAGCCGUCGUCAGCUGGACAUGGGACAACCACUGGGUCUACUGGCUCGGCCCCUUCGUGGGCGCCGGAAUUGCCGCUCUUGUGUAUGAGAUUCUGUUCAUCAACCAGAGUGGACAUGAGCAGCUCCCUGUAACAGAUUACUAAGGUGUUUCUUUGUGUUUGAUUGGUGUUUGUUUUCAUUUUGUGAAAGUGGUUAAGGCCACUGGCUUUUCUCCUGUUAUGAUCUAUGUAUGUCAUCAGUUGUCUUGGUUUUAUGAAAACAGUUGUUGACUUUUCGUAUUAAA